UUUACUGUGACUUGCUUUUAUUUGCAGCAGGGAGACACGCAGACGGGAUAGUGCUUGAUAUUACCUCGAUCCGGAACUUCCGAACAGUUACAUUCAACGAUUAUUAUAACCGCUGGCAUGAAUUAAACAUCGAAGUUGAUCGUUUAUAAGCGGUCGAUUUUAUCGGUCGUUUCUUACGUACUUUAUACUUUUUUUUUUAACCGUUGCAAGUGAAGUUACGUGCUUUGAAUCGCAGGCGAUCCAGGGAAAGCAGAAGCCUCUCAACUCGCCUCGGGGAUUCGUUCUGCAGGCAUGUCGCAGAAAGAAAGACCUACUUUCUAUCGACAGGAUGUCAACAAGACGAUCUGGGAGGUCCCUAUACGCUAUCAGAACUUGACUCCCGUCGGUUCGGGUGCAUACGGAUCUGUUUGCUCAGCGUAUGAUGAAAAGGCAGGGUUGAAGGUUGCUGUAAAGAAGCUGUCAAGGCCGUUUCAGUCCAUCAUCCAUGCCAAAAGGACCUACCGGGAAUUACGGCUACUCAAGCACAUGAAACAUGAGAAUGUGAUCGGCUUGCUGGAUGUUUUCACACCUUCCACCAGCCUGGAGGAGUUUAAUGAUGUGUACCUGGUGACUCAUCUAAUGGGCGCUGACCUAAAUAAUAUAGUGAAAUGUCAGAAGCUGACCGACGAUCAUGUUCAGUUCCUUAUUUACCAGAUCCUGCGGGGACUUAAGUACAUCCAUUCAGUAGCCAUAAUUCACAGGGACUUGAAGCCAAGUAAUCUGGCAGUAAAUGAAGACUGUGAACUUAAGAUCCUUGAUUUUGGUCUGGCUCGACACACUGAUGAUGAGAUGACAGGAUAUGUGGCCACAAGGUGGUACCGUGCCCCAGAAAUCAUGCUCAACUGGAUGCACUAUAACAUGACAGUGGACAUUUGGUCAGUGGGCUGCAUUAUGGCUGAGCUGUUGACAGGCAGGACUCUGUUCCCUGGCACAGAUCAUAUAAACCAGCUUCAACAGAUAAUGCGACUGACAGGAACUCCACCUGCCCCUCUAAUAAGCAGGAUGCCGAGCCACGAGGCUCGUACUUACAUCAACUCGUUGGCUCAGAUGCCCAAAAGGAAUUUUUCGGAUGUGUUUGUAGGGGCUAAUCCACUAGCUGUGGAUCUUCUGGAAAAGAUGCUGGUUUUGGACACUGAUAAGCGCAUCACGGCUGCGGAGGCUCUGGCGCACACGUACUUUGCCCAGUACCAUGACCCGGAUGAUGAACCCGAAGCCGAGCCUUUCGAUCAGACCUUUGAGAGUCGCGAGCUUGAUAUUGAAGAAUGGAAACGUCAGACUUAUGAGGAGUUGAUAAGUUUUGAGCCGCCAGUCUUUGACGGAGAUGAAAUGGAAUCUUGACCUUUUCCUCUGGAUGGCAUUCAUCCCAACAUUACUACUUUGACAUUAAUGCUGUAAUUUAGAAGUAUUCUAAUCAGUCAGUAUGGUUCUUCUUUCUGUUGAUUUUUAAAUGUUGUCUACUGAGUGUGUAAGAGCCAAACAGAAAGGAGAGAUGUCGUGAAAAAUUACACAGGGAAUCUAUCCAACAGAUGAGUGUUGAACCAUUGUCCUCCUUUUUUUUCUUUUUGUUUUGGUCAGCUUUAUGAUGUUCAUGCUAGUCCACUUGUAACUGUAAUAUCUCCCCAAAUUUAGUAUUCAGUUGUGCUGUACUGUUAUGAUAUUUCAGUGAACAAUGGAUCAUGUCUGCAGCAUAUUUAGGUUUUGUGUCUUUUGAAAUGUAAAAAAAAAAUAUAUAUAUUUUCUGUUAAUAUAAUUUUCCAAUCAAAUAUUGAGCAUUGUUUUUACCAACAUACAGUAUGCCCCUCAUUAUUCAAUUUCAUUUGUGUCCCAUAGUAUGAAAAUUGUUGCAUUGUUGUAUGUUCAAGAUAUUUGUAAAUAUAGGUUUCAUUCACAUAAGGUUUUUCCUUAUCUGUUGCCAUUUAUUUCUGGACUUUUUUUAUGUGUGUGUGUGUGUGUAAGUGUGAGUGUGUGAGUGAGAGAUUUCAGUUUCACUACCGUGCUGUAUGCGAUCUAAAAGUAUGAUUCUGUGUCAUAGUUGUUUUGAAAAUUUUUAUUAAUUGAAUGUUCAAAUAUGAGAGUAAGAGCUUUAUAUACUGUUGAGGUGAUAUUUAUGAACAUGAAAGGAUAUAUAUCUGUCUUUUUAGCACCUGUAUCAGACCUAGAAUACAUGAAAACACAAUUGUUUACUGAAAAUAAA